AUGAGUUCUAUUCGAAACGGACUGAGCCGAGCUCUGCUCGGUGCACUCUUGCUUUGCCGACAUGUACGGGGUAUUCCAGGAGACUCGAGGCUGCUAUCAAGAGCAUCCGCAUCCUUGAAUAUGUCCGCUUCGGCGUCCAAGACAGCUAUCGCUGCUGCGACUACCUGCAACGGCCGCCCAGAGUAUUGUACGCGCUCAUUUUCAAAUAUCACGUUCAUGGGAUCGCACGACUCCCCGUUUGUCGGAGAACUCCCCCAACAGAACCAGAACAUCGACAUCCAGGCCCAGCUGGACAUGGGAAUCAGGUUCCUUCAGGCCCAGACGCACCAUGCAAUUCUAGACACCAACGUCCUGGAAUUGUGUCAUACAUCUUGCUGGCUCGAGGAUGCAGGAACCCUCGAGGCAUUCCUUGUAACAGUCAAAACCUGGCUGGAUGAGAAUCCAAACGAAGUGGUGACCCUGCUUCUAACCAAUGGGGACUCGGUCGCUAUUACCGAGUUUCGAGACACGUUCACCAGCAGUGGCAUCGAUUCCUAUGCAUUUGUCCCAUCUUCGAGUCCUGAUACCCUUGCUAUCGGCAGCUGGCCCACUCUUGGUGAUAUGAUCUCCAGCGGGAAAAGACUGGUAGUCUUCUUAGACUACGGUGCCGACACCAGUAAAGUUGAUUACAUCCUCAACGAGUUCGAUUACUACUUUGAGACGCCUUACGACGUGACCAACUCUUCUUUUCCAGACUGCAGCAUCAAUCGUCCCAGUGGCGCAUCUGCAUCAGGCCGCAUGUACAUUGUCAACCACUUCUUGGACCUGGAUAUUCUAGGGGUCCUAGUCCCUGACCGUGAGCAUGCGGCUAUCACAAACGCUGAGACUGGAGAAGGAAGUCUUGGGGCACAAGCAGUUGAAUGCGAGGCUCUAUAUGGCCGUGCUCCGAACGCAAUGCUGGCUGAUUUUGUGGACAUGGGUAAUGUUAUUGCGUCACAGAAUGCACUAAAUGGGUUCUAG